UACUUUUUAGGAAUGCCUAGAACUUCCAGUGCUUCCCAUAGUUUGUCCCUAUUAAUGCUAUCAUAAGCUUGCUUAUAAUCUAUAAAUAUAAGGUGCAGUUCUUUAUCAAAUUCAUAGAAUUUAGCCAUUAUCUGUCUCAGUGUAAAAAUAUGGUCCAAUGUCGAUUUACCUUGUUAUCACAUAUUACCGGCAUAUUACCAUUUGAAAAAUUAUAGUAUAACAAGCAUGUAGAGUCUUGUCUGCAUUACAAACAAUAGUAUUAUUCAAUAAUCUAACAUGUUCUGACAUGCAUACUUUAAACCUGUAGAAGAAAUCCCCACCAUAAAAUAUACAUGUGAGGGUUUCAAAAUCUGAAAUGAAAUCAGUCUAUCUCCACUCUUCGUUCGAUUAAGUGCGUUGUUUUGUGAUUAAAUUUUUGAAUAUGGCUGGUUCGAUUGAAAACAUGCGUGCUGUUUACAAGAAGAAUGUUUUUACAUAUGUGCCUCCGUCACCACCGGCUAACCUAAUCGAUUGCAGUAAUUUUUUCCUUGAUUUUUCAUCUCGCAAGUUUUUAAACAUCGGACUCGAUCCGACAGAUGAUUUCAACACCGUGAUUCACAUUAUAACACCAUCACGUUUUGUAAAUAUUUCCGCCGAUUUUCUCAAACGUAUUUUCCGACUUAUGGGAAACAUUUUAUCAUUUAUACUCGAACAACCACAAAAGUAUAAGCGUAAUUUAUUUUUGGAUUCCGAUUCAAUUACAAUAUCUAGUAUGGUGUACCAAGGAGAGAACAUGAUCAUAAUAGAGUCUAAAAUUCAAGACGGAUGUCGCAUACUGUUAAAUCGUAACGACUUAUUAAAGUUACAAGAUUUAGAGUGGUCAAUUUUCGAAAUCAUCGAGAGAAAAACCAAAAUCGUUAAACCGCUUGUAAUACAGCAAAUUAAUCAAAUCGCAUCAUACUUAAAAACAAAUACCAAGGUUGAAACUAGAACGCUUGAAGAUAUGACAAAUCGCGUGAAAAGCAUUAACAACAUUUGCAUUGCAACACAUGUAAAUGACUACAAUUUCACAAGUCAGCUUCAUUUACAUGCAGCUGAACAUAUCGCACAAAGAUGGUUGGACGAAUUAGAAAAAGAUGAGGGAUACGAGAAACCUUUUUCACCGCCAUCAUUUUACACUAUAUUUAAUGAGGUAAUAUAACAAAACCUACUUUAUAAAAAACAAAUAUUUUAAUAUUUCAUGUUUUAGGAAAUUCUUUCUGAUAUCUCCCCUCCAUCACAGACAAGCUGUACAGACGAAAACGAUGGACCAUACGGACCGCAAUACAAUAUUACCAACUUACUACCCAAA